AUGGGUUCACUUCUUACAUCUUUAAAUACUUCAUUUCAGUUUAAAAGAUUUACGACAUUACACGCCAUGGCUGAUGACAAAGAUCAAUUGAUCGAAAUUGGACCAGGAUUUUGGAAUGUUCGUCAUUCAUUCAAAGUUCUAAUUGGAAUGGUUGAUAUUGAAACACACAUGUCUGUUAUUCAAUUGAAAAAUGGAAAUUUUUUAGUUGUGGAUACGAUUCCACUCAAAGACAAUGUCAAACAACAAUUGGAUAAUUUGACAACAAAUGGAAGCAAAAUCGAAGGUGUUCUGGGGACACAUCCGUUUCAUACAUUAGCAUUUUCCGAUUUUUAUAAAGCUUACCCAAAUGUACCAUAUUACGGAACACCAAGACAUAUCAGCAAAUGUACAGACAUUCAAUGGGCAGGAGAUCUAAAUGAUUGCGAUACAAGAAAUAAGUGGGCGCCUGAAGUUCAAAUGAGAAUACCGGCAGGUGCUGAGUUUGUAAAUCCUCAACCAGAGAGUUUUAAUCAUUUUAUCUGUGUAUUUGUUUAUCAUCAUCAAAGUCGUACACUUCAUGUUGACGAUACACUAAUGUACUCACCGAAACCAGGAUUUCUUUUAAAAUUAUUUGGAUUUAAAAAUGGCUCAAUGGCAUUCCAUCCUUCAAUGAAGGGACCUGGACUUUAUCCAACCGUUGAGGCUCCCUAUCAAUUUCGAGAUUGGAUGAGACAAAUUCUCAAAGAUUGGGAUUUUAAUAAUAUUUGUUGUGCUCAUAUUGGAAAUAAAAUUGGUGGUGCAAAAGCGUUAGUUCAAGAAACUUUGGAAAAGGCCGAAAGCGUUUUUCAAAAAUUAAGUGACAAAAAUAAGAAGAAAAAUCCGAGCAAUGAUGAAGCACAUCAUUCGGCAAUUUCAUUCAAUGUCAAAGGAGAAGAAUGUGGAUAA